GCUAGUCUAUCGGCGUUCUUCGCGUCGUCAAAAUGGUUCCGAAAAUUAACGUCAAAAUACUGUUGAUCGUAAUAGUUUGUACAUUUGUAAUAAACUCAGUUGAUUCCUGUGACCGCCGACGCAAAAGCUACCACGUGUACUACGACCGGUACGUGGACUUUCUGGGAGCAUGGAGCGCCUGUCACAGUUUUGGCCAACGGUUGGCCACCAUUACUUCGGAGGACGACGCCCGGUUGCUGAAGCAGGCCAUUGCCAAAACGGCCCGAACGUCGAUCUUCUACGUCGCUGGGUACGAUACGGGAUAUAAUGGGAAGUGGGUGUGGUUUCCGUCGAAUACGGAGAUCACUGGAUACUCGAACUGGUACACGGGACUGCCGGAUCUUCACGGCGAACGAUGUCUGGAGAUUGGCCGGUUCGGGGGAAUUACUUGGAACGAUAUCAGCUGUUGCACGCAUUUGCAUUACAUUUGCGAAGAGGUGGAAAAUUUGUGCGGAAAUGAUGAAGAAGUUUAGUCAUUUUGAUAUAAUAAGUUGGAGUGUUUUCUUAGCUAUUGUGUUAUUUUAAAAGAUGACGUCCAUUCAACUGGUGAAAAUAAGGUCAAGUUUAAGCCAUCCGAAUAAUCUUGAACUUUUGUCAUUAUCAACACCCGAACGAACAGUCCUUCGAAAAACGCUGGAACGAUCACAAACAUAAUAGAACAAAGGCACACGAAAUCAUUUUGUUGAGAUUAUUUGACUGAGAAACAGCUUGAUUACAACGUGUGAAGAAUGGUUUCAAAAACUUCAGUAAUUUUAUUUUGUUUCAUUAUUAAGUUAUCUAUUUGUGCCUCGGUCCUCAACAAUAUCGAUUAUUCAUUCGAAAUUAUGGACCCAGGUCCAAACCUGGUGAAACGAUACUACGUGCAUUACGAUAAGCACGUGGACUUUCUCGGUGCGUGGAAUGCGUGCCUCCGGUAUGGCCAGCGGUUGGCAACGGUAACCUCGCAGGAAGAAGCGAACCUGCUGCAGGAAACGCUGGACAAGGUUCCUCGAAAGUCCAUCUAUUACAUCGCCGGGAUUGACACGAACGGUGAUAACAAGAACUGGGUUUGGGUGUCGAGAAAUAAUGCCAAGGUAGCAGGGUACACCAACUGGCACCUUGGCCAGCCGGACAAUGUGUACGAUCGGUGCAUCGAAGUUGGACGGUACGGGAAGUGGACCUGGAACGAUGUCAACUGUUGCACGCCGCUCUAUUAUAUUUGUGAAGAUUAGAGUUUGAUGGUGCGGUGAAGAUUUUUUGAGUUAUUUCAUUUUUUGGGCUAAAAUGUUGUCUUCAGUUUGAAUUCAAUAAAAUCAUUUUCAAGACCUGAUUACUUUAAUAAACUCAAAUUAUAAAAUAUUGUUAAA